ACCGAACGGCAUUCGGAGGAACUUGAAGAGGCCGAACGGUGUGGUCACGGUGGUCUUCUCCUGAUCCUCGGUAGCCACCUCGACUUGGUGGUACGCCAUCUUCAGGUCAAGGCGAGUGAAGAUGACGCAUCCGUGCAUCUGCGCAUUGAAGUCGGCGAUACUUGGCAACGGAUAACUGUCGAAGCGUGUGAUGGCGUUGACGCGCCGAAAAUCGCCACACAUCCGGAAGGAGCCAUCACCUUUAGGGACAACGUGUAUGGGGGAUGCCCAUUCGACUUCAUGCGAGACUGGCUCGAUGAUCUGCUUCUUUUGCAAGUCGUCCAAGAUCUUACGUACUGCAUCGGCCCUUUCGCCAAAGAGCGGACGAGGGCGCGAGUACACCGGCUUCGAACUUCCGGUAUCGAUGCGCAUCGGCGCAAAUAAGGCCGGAGCGAGUUCGUUGUCAGUAGGCAACGAUGACUGGAAUUUUGCCAAGUGGUCUGCGAUCGACUGCCUGGCCGAAUCGACUGUCUCCGGCGGAAGAGGAACGAAUGAUGAUGCUUCCGGCCUCAACGUUGACUCACUGUUGGUCGAAGAAAC